GCGGGAGCUGCGGGUCUUACUGGGAGAGACGCUGCACGUGGAGCCCGCGCCCCUGCUGUUCUCAGCCGGCUCUGGAGCGCGGGUGGGGGCGACGGGGCCGAUUCCGGAGCGGGACUGAGCUUUUGAAAUACUCCAACCAUGACUAAAAGAGAAGCAGAGGAGCUGAUAGAAAUUGAGAUUGAUGGGACAGAGAAACCAGAGUGCACAGAAGAAAGUAUUGUGGAACAAACCUACACGCCAGCUGAAUGUGUAAGCCAGGCUAUAGACAUCAAUGAGCCAAUAGGCAAUUUAAAGAAAUUGCUAGAACCAAGACUGCAGUGUUCUUUGGAUGCUCAUGAAAUUUGCCUGCAAGAUAUCCAGCUGGAUCCGGAACGAAGUUUAUUUGACCAAGGAGUAAAAACAGAUGGAACUGUACAACUUAGUGUACAGGUAAUUUCUUACCAAGGAAUUGAACCUAAGCUAAACAUCCUUGAAAUUGUUAAACCUGCGGAAACAGUUGAAGUAGUUAUUGAUCCAGAUGCCCAUCAUGCUGAAGCAGAAGCACAUCUUGUUGAGGAAGCUCAAGUUAUAACUCUUGAUGGCACAAAACACAUUACAACUAUUUCAGAUGAAACCUCAGAACAAGUGACAAGAUGGGCUGCUGCUCUGGAAGGUUACAGGAAAGAGCAAGAACGCCUUGGGAUACCUUAUGAUCCUAUACAGUGGUCUACAGACCAAGUCCUGCACUGGGUGGUUUGGGUAAUGAAGGAGUUCAGCAUGACUGAUAUAGACCUGACCACACUCAACAUUUCUGGAAGGGAAUUAUGCAGUCUCAACCAAGAAGAUUUUUUUCAGCGAGUGCCUCGGGGAGAAAUUCUAUGGAGUCAUCUGGAACUUCUUCGAAAAUAUGUGUUGGCAAGCCAAGAACAACAGAUGAAUGAGAUAGUUACAAUUGAUCAGCCUGUGCAGAUUAUUCCAGCAUCAGUCCAGUCUGCUACACCAACUACUAUUAAAGUUAUAAAUAGUAGUGCAAAGGCAGCUAAAGUACAAAGGGCUCCAAGGAUUUCAGGAGAAGAUCGAAGUUCACCUGGGAACAGAACAGGAAACAAUGGUCAAAUCCAACUAUGGCAGUUUUUGCUAGAACUUCUUACUGACAAGGAUGCUCGAGACUGCAUUUCUUGGGUUGGUGAUGAAGGCGAGUUUAAGCUAAAUCAGCCUGAACUAGUUGCACAAAAGUGGGGACAACGUAAAAAUAAGCCUACAAUGAACUAUGAGAAACUCAGUCGUGCAUUAAGGUAUUAUUAUGAUGGGGAUAUGAUUUGUAAAGUUCAAGGCAAGAGAUUUGUGUACAAGUUUGUCUGUGACUUGAAGACUCUUAUUGGAUACAGUGCAGCAGAGUUGAACCGUUUGGUCACAGAAUGUGAACAGAAGAAACUUGCAAAGAUGCAGCUUCACGGGAUUGCCCAGCCGGUCACAGCAGUAGCCCUGGCCACUGCUUCUCUGCAGACGGAAAAGGAUAAUUGAGUCCAGGACCUUCUGGGAGCCCGAGGUCUUUCUUAAAUAUUAGAGCAAGUAUUGCUCUCACCUUUAUUACUGAAUUUGAAUCUUCUUUUAUUUCUAGACUGUACAAUCUGAUGCAUGAUUUUUUUAUAAAUAUUUCAUACUCUUGUGAAUUUGGAUCUUUUUACUUUGAGCAUAUAUUUUAGAAUACGUGUAUGUUAAAGGUCACCACAAUGUCUUCAGCACCAAGUCAGGUUCAUUGUGGGAUAGUUUGUUAACAGUCAGGAAAGCUAAACUGGUCAGUAUUAAUGUCUCGCCCUACCAGAAAUAGUCAGUAGCAUCUGAGGAUGAAAAAUAAAUGAAGUAUCUCCAGGAAACAGUCUGGCUUAACUAUUUUUGAAAGUAUAACUGUUUCCCCUCUCUGCUGCUUUAGAUGUUGCUUUACAUAGAACCAGAAAAUGGAAUUUUUCACAGCUAAAGCAUGUGUGCCUGUUUCAUCUAAUCAAGCAGAGCUAAAAUAUUCAUAUCAAAUAAAAUUAUAAUAAUAAAUUACUAAACUGAGAGUAUCAAGUUAUUAAAAUAAUUUAUAUAUUUGCAAGCAAAGGACAAUAAGAAGUCGACUGGCAGAAGAUCAUUGCUGAAGAAGGAGAUCCAGGUUGAAAUCUAGCUUAACUCAAGCUAAUUUUAAGGAUUUUCUGUAUAGAUGAUUCAUAACGUCAGGCCAAGAAUUUAAAUUAUUUUAAGAGAGGCAUUUAAUUCUAAUAAACCAACUAUUACAAAAAUUCUGAAAUGAUCUCUGUUUUUCCUGUCAGAGAUUUAAAAAACUGAAAAGGUAUACCUCAGCCAGAAAAUAAAAGUUUGAUUUAGUUUGGUUUGGCA